CCAGCUUGGCUUGUCAAUUGGAAUGAUCUCUCACAUCAACUAACCUCAUUCAAGCCUCUCAAUGCACACCAACUCACACAGUACGAUGGGCCACCAGACCCAACCCUCAGCCAGCCCACUUUUUGCGCGUGCCGCCGAUCUCGCCUGUUGAGAGGAGGUUGACUUGCAAAAGAGACCGACCCGGUCCCGGUGUCCUCCAACACCCGCUGCCAUCCACGAUCGCCUGCAUGAGAGCUAGUGAUGGACAGCAUCACCCGCAUGGCAGCAGACACAGACCUGCCAUCCUACCAGGAGGCUACGCGGCGUCUGGACUGGGUCGAGCUUAUCGCACCCUACGUGCCUAUCCGAGAAUAUGCGCGUCUCUGCCUCGUCAACAGGCGUUUCUAUCGCCAUCUAGCGCCGCGUCUCUGGAAUGACCCUUUGGCAACAGCCUUCACCUCCGCCGGCAGGCCUGUCAACCGAGACAUUGAUAUCGAGUGGUUCUACCGCUUCAUGGAGCAUAUGCGAUGUGUCCGCCAGGCCACCGGUCUCCUCGUUACUUGUCUAGACCUCCGCCGGGUAGAGGCCGGAACCUCUGAGCUUUCGCUGUAUUCGCUGAGCAGAUCGCUCUCGGCCUAUCUACAGGCUGUGCCGGUCACAUUCCCUCAACUUCGUUGCAUUCUGCUGAAUAGGCACUGGGAUGUGGAGGCAGAUGACCUGGCGGUGGCGACUACUCCCGAUACGGACCAUGAUGCCAGCAAUGCAGAGGGGCCAUUGAUGCUCAGCAUACCGCAAUGCCAAGUCAAGAUACCGACCGCCUUCUUUUCGUCGCCUUAUCUGCACCAUCUUGUGUACCUGGAUGUGUCCAACAUGGCCGGCUCUCUCAGGAAGCCGCUGGAGCAACAGAGAUUCGGCCCGGAGAGGCAUCCUCACCUCCGUGUCCUCAAGGUAGGUGCAAGGGAGAUGGGCGACUCAACGGCCGCCCUGCUGUUGAGAACAUUCAAACAGCAGCUUUGGAGCUUGGACCUGAGCCAGAAUCAACUAACAGAUGCUGUGCUCAAUGACUUGCAUAUUUUCGCCUUUCCUGCCGAAAGUUUGCGGACCGACAGCCAUUAUGAUGUUGAAGGUAGACUGGAGAUCAUCCCCGGCAAGGGCACGCCUCUCUUUGGUCAGUUUUGCCUGAUUAGAGAGUCUCACUGGAGUGCCACCUUUAGCCAUGCCGACCGCUAUCUGGUUGAUGCCCCUAACUACACUCGCCUUGUUGAAUACACUCCUCAGGAGGGUAUCCGUACACGUCUGAACGGCCGAACCAAAGUACAGGAUGAUUCGGAGGACGAGAUUAGAAGAUCAUUUUCAGGCACUCCUGGAGCUUCUUCACCAAGACGGGAAAGCCUCCACGAUCUAGGUGUCUGUCAAAGUCAUAAUGGCAUUACUCACUUGUAUCUCGGCGGUAACAGCAUAACCGCCAACGGCUUGGUUAGGCUGAUCAUGGCAUCCCCCGGGCAACUACAGCAUCUCGAUUGUGAUAGCAUGGUCUACGAAAUUCACGAGGCUGCGAGGCCGGACUGGCUGCCGUCCAGCAUCCGUGUCUCAGGUCUGCUCGGAGCAGCGCACGCCUUCCGCCCCGUGCUUUCGUCAAACCUACAGGUCUUGCGCAUCCACCACUCCCUCGUUACACAGCUCUUGUCUCUGAAAGGCCGUGAUGGAGGUGGGCUGUCAACCAUGGAAAACCUGUGGCUGGCCGAAACGUUCCUGCUUCCACGGGCCGAGAUGGCGUACCCGCAAGCGUUCCGGCCAGAUAUGAAUCCCCGGCUACGGCUCCUGACCUUGACACAUAUCCCGAGGUGGUCGACCGGCCCCCUGAUUGACAGGCUGAUAGAGCUCCUGAAGCUCGCCUCGAUGCAGGAGCGGGCAAUUCAAGACAUGAACAGGACUCUAGGUAAGAGCCGCCGCGGCCCUGCCACUGUAGUCGGUCUGAGGCAUAUCCGACUGGAGUUUGAUCAUGAUGUUAAGGAGGAAUUGCUUGAGGACGGUGAAGAAGAUGGAGAAGAGAAGAAUCAAAAGAAAUAUGUCGCUGAAAAAACAACGGCGGCCAAGGAAUUUAGUUUCUUUGACGAUUCUCGAUUUUCUGACUUUUCAUUCGAUUCUUCUUCUCCUGCUGAGGUUUCUUCGUCAAACAUAGACACAACAAACACAGACACCACGCCUCUCACGUCGGUGGUGGCGGGUCCAGCAGCCGACGAUCACAGGGCUGUUCCGGAUCAAACCGUGUCAAAUCAGAGUCAGACCCAGAGACAUUCUCCCUCCACCCUCUUACAUCUUCCCCGCACCGGCGACAGGUCCGAGCCCAUUGUGAAUUGGGGCAACGAGGGACAGUCGGGCCGACUGACGACUGGACCACAACAACGCAGCAGCAGAGGCAACUGGAAUGGAACGGAAUAUACCGUCCCCAUCUGGACAGGUCCACCACCUCCUUUUUACGAUUCAACUGAAGACACUCCACAACACGAGCAUCAAGAAGUUUCCUCUGCAGUCGAGGCAUACAUGCGCAACAUCCUCGACAGGCGUCUGUGUGCUGAUGCGGUGCCUGCCAGCCCGUGUCAUGUCCUGGCAGGUGUUCCAGAAGGUGAGUUCAUCUGGGGCGCUGCAUGGCAGGCGAUUGUUACGAGGGGAGAUACUACUGCGGCAGGAAAAAGAAGGCCGCAGAAGAGGGAGCUGAUGAAUGGGAUGAGGGAUGUGAUAGGGGAGAUCAAAGCGUAUAGAAGGAAAACGAGGGAGAGGUAUGAAGCGGAGUUGAAGAGGGCUAGGCUGAAUGGGGAUGAGGUGAGAUUGGGGGAGCCACAUUUUUAUUAUGGGGGGAGAUUGGAGGUUGUGAGGGCUGAAAGGGAGGGGGGAAUGUUGGGGUGGAGGUGAUGGUUUGUUCGGUGCAUGGAAGGAAAACGGGUUGGAGGCAGAAUUGGUGUCAGAUGAUGUGCAUUGAAAGGCUUGGGUAGCCAGCUGGUUUUCUAUUGACCCUCCUUUUUUUGUGUGGCAGGUUUCAUGUGAUGGGCUUGGGAUCACUAUCACGUUAGACACCACACCACUUGAUCGUGGAAGGAAACACGAUAUGGUUGAGAUUUUUUGGGGAGGGGAGAAACAGGCCGCAGACCAGGACCGGAAUAUCUCACCAAAUAUCGAUAGAUCGUGGCGAAUGGAACAAGAUGGGGUAGAAACAUCAAUAGGGCUACGCAUCACAGAAAUUGCGGUGAUAAGCUUUUUCGUAGGUAUUGGUUUGUCUCUGAAUGGUGAAUUGUUCAAGAAGUAAAUACGAGAGAUAGACAAACAUGAAGCGAUUUACCGACUGAUUGGACACGAUGUGAGCAGUAGAGAGAUGCGGAAAG